AUUACAGAUGAAAAAUUAAACAGGUCAUCAGUUAUUAUAUUAAGUUACCCGUCCUAUUGUCGAUAUCGUGGAAUAAUGAAGCGUUUGGAAGGUGUAGAAGACGACUAUCUAAAGCACACAGUAGUGAAAGUACUAGGCGGAUUUACGGCGGUUAAUAAAAAUACGAGAGUCCUAUUCUGCAGAGAUACCUUCGAUUAUCCGGAACUAGAAGGUCACGAAUUAUUGUGCAAUCAUUUGGCACCUAAACUGAAAGGACGCCCUAGGGGCCGUCGGAAAAAACGAAGUUUAUCUCCCGGUUCCGAAAGCAACGAAUCAGAAUCUUCCGUUUGUAAUAUUCUCAACUCUAGAACAAGGCUUAUGGCAGAGAAAGCUUCAAAUGGUUUAAGGCCAGAUAAAAUUUCCACCAGACAAAGUACCAGAGUGACCUCUUCGAAUUUGGAGAGUAAAGAAUUUUUGAAAACACUGUCUGCUUAUAUGAAAUCAAUUCACACUCCCAUUGGAAGGAUACCAUCACUAGGUUUUAAAGAACUUGAUCUUUACGCGUUUUUCACAAAAGUUAACAAACUAGGUGGAUAUGAUUCAGUAACCAGGAAUCGAUUGUGGAAGUCAAUUUUUGACGACCUCAGUGGAAAUUAUAUGAGCACCAGUGCAGCUACAGUAAUCAGAAGACAUUAUGAAAGAUUCUUAUUGCCGUAUGAACUACAUCUCAAAGGAGAAGAAUACAAGUCGUCUUCCAAAAAUUCUAAAAGUCGAUCAGGUAGUUGCAGUGAUAGCAGUGACAGCCCAAGUGGUAGCGGAAAAAGCACUCCAAUAUCUCAGCUCACGGUUAUUCCUAUACCUACGAGUACAACUGAUAACAAGGAAAUCUCUCAGUCGGAAACACUCGAUCUACCAAAACCAGAAGUUAAAACCUCUUCUCUUAGAAGUGUGAGAGUAAAACCGGAGCGAUUAAGAGAUCAUGUCUCGAAGGAUAAUAAGGCAGCUGCAAGCGAAAAAUGUGCCAAUACUGAUAUUACAAAUUCCAAAAUGGUUAAUGAACUAAGUGUCGAAAUUAAAACUGAAGUUGAAAGUUCUUCUACAAAAAUUAGUGAAAGUAAUUUAUUAAAUAACGGUUUGACUGUAGAAUUAAUAACAACAGCGUUACCUACUAUACCACAAAAAAGUUCCCAAAACGAAGUGAGUGAAAUAGUGAGUGAUAAAAUUAGUAAAACUAGUGUUACAAUAGAAUCUUCAACCAAAACUGAACAGACUCCAAUUUCUUUAGAUAGUGUUCCUAAGUCGGACAGUGAUAAGUCUGAUGACGGAAAAGAAAAUAUAGCCACGUGCAAUACAAACUCUGUUUCUAAUGCUCAAAAUAGAUCGACACCAAGUGAUCUCUCUGAGGUGCCAUGCGAAUCAAAAACUCCAGAAUCAGUACCGGUAGACACAGACUAUAGUUUUAGUUCUACUAGUUCCAUAAGCAAAUCAUUAUUACAUAGUGUAAAGAAAAGGAAACUAGACAUUUUAAAGGAAGGUGGACUGGAAGUUACGCCUAUUAAACCAUCAACGAACGAAUUAAAAGAGAUAAAAGAAACGAGGCCUUCGGUAAUACAUCAUAAUCUCGGUAUGCCAAAAGCAACAGUAGGACAGCUUUCUAUAACUUUAGCGACAGACAAACCGGCUUCCUCAAACAGCAUGGAAAUCUCAGAAAGGUUGUUGCCAACAUCACAAGCUAAAGACAUUCAAACUUUGCCAUCUACAAGCAUCAUGCGAUCAAAUCCAAUACCAAUAAGCAAGUCAAUAUCUUCCUCACCAAAUAAUUCAUUUUUAUACCUCAAUGGACAGUCGCCUCCAAAAGUUGUUCAAUCUAGAUCAAUUUAUUCUUACUCUGAAAAAACCGUUUAUGGAAAUCCUAAGGAUUACUUUAUGCCACCUCCGAGACCUCCAGUGCAAAUUCCAAAACCGGUUGGUGGGUUAUCUAGGCAUUUGGGUGGAGAUAUUUUAGAUUUGACUACCAAAAGUCCCCAAAAAGCCGUCGUGGAAAUUAUGAGGGUGCCUAAUAUACCCUCCUCUCGGACUCCAUUUGGGAUGCCGGACGUACCUCAAAAAAAGAUCUUCAAGAACUCUGCUUCUCUUCCAGUAUUAGAUACACGUGUUGCGUCAAAUUUGGAAAUCACACUGGUAGGCUCAAAUACAAUUCCAAAUGUUCAACAAAACAGAUCGAUGAAUAGAAGCAACUCGUUCAGCCGUCCACGAUCAAAUACAGUUAUUCCUUCACCCGCUUCAGCUUCCAAUGUGCCAAAAUCAUAUGGCACGUAUAAUUUCAACAAUAAAACUGCACAAAAACGGACAUUUAAUGGAAAUUAUGUUCUAAAUAAUAAAAAAGAGGAAAAUGGAAAAUUGCCAUAUUCGAUUUCUCCGACGCAACAAGCGUAUGCACCUAGGGACCACAGGCAGCAGAAUAAUGUGUCGAAUUCCUAUAGUAACCAUCGAUUUCCAACACAACAAGAUAAUAGAAAUCAGGCAAAAGUGCAUUCUCAGUCUUCCCCAAAUAUAAAACCGUACACAACUCCAACACCUUCUUCCGUUUUACCUCCGUAUUUGUCCCAAUUGUCUUUGGCAUCUAAAAUGGUACCACCAUACGUUCCUCCAAUUGAUCCCUUGUAUUUUUCCGCUCUUCAAAGUUUAUACCCGCAUUCUCCACUCUCUUCAGUUCCUCCUUUCUUUCCUGUUCCGAACCCUGAUCAUUUGCAAUUUUACACAGAUUUGAUAGCUCGAAAUUCGCAAAUGAGGUAUCCGUUCCCAUUUGCGCACGAUGGUAGUUCAUCAAUGCCGCCCGCAUCUAGCGAGACUAACAAUUUUAAGCAACAAUAAACAUAUCGCCUCGAAAACUGACGCAUAUUAAAAAUUUUUUAUGUAGACUUUUACUCGACUAAUCUUCCAUCGGAAGACAUGUGAAGAUGAAAUGACAUUGACUAUAAAGUAGAUAGUCUCAAAGAAUCAAUUUAUUAUUGUUGCAGAUGUGAUAAAAUCCUUUAUUAGAUUAGUUGCGCUACUAAAUAUGUAAUGAGUAAGAGAGAGAGGUAGGUAUUGUUGAUGGACAAUAGGAUUUUUAUAUUGAUUAAACUUUGUGCGUAAAGUUGUUGUUGAAUUGAUGUAUAGGUACUUCAAAUUUUGUAAUAUAAGAGUAACUUUUAUUUUUUGGAAGAUACAUUUAUUAAAAUGUUGCUUUUAAAUAAAUGUUUUUGAAAAAGGGCAAGAUUUAAAAAGUGUAGCAAAUAAUGUUGUAUAUACGAAGGCCAGAUGUAAUGAUUAGUAUAAUUAUCUGUGAUUUUAUUAUAUAUACCAAAUUAUAUCGUUGAUGUACAUAUAACUUUCCAACAUUUUCUUAAUUAUUUAAGUUUCAAGUUUUUUUUAAGUAAUAUACAUCUUUUACUUUUGUAAUGUGUUGCUGUCCGUUGAUAAUGUAAAUCACAGGCAAUAAAAUGAAGUGCAAUGAG